CAUGCUUUGAGCCGUGCGAUCAGUCGAGCGACAGCGAACUUGAAUUCCUCAAUCGCCCAUACCACCAUGCACAGUCGCCGCCCAGACCACCCAUUGCACGGCGAUGAAGUGACACACGCUACGCGUCGCCGCGUCUUCGCGUGACACACUCCACUAAUCCCAGCUCAUCAACACACACACCACCAAUCCGCGCCAUGCCGCGCCCGAGGCGGCGCGAUCUGCCGCUCGCGCAACAGCUGUUGACACCAGCAUCCGGCUCGGUCCAUAGCUCGCGCGCGACAUCCCCACUGGUCGCAAAAGGUGUUGAGCCAGAAGUGAUAAUCCUGCCCGAUCUAUUCCCUCACACCCCUUCCUCCGUCGCUCCCACCGCCGCCGCCGCCGCCGCCGCCACAUCUACCGACACUCCCUCUCUCGCCAGCCAAGAGGCCACACUCGCCGAUCUCCACGCGCGCAUCUAUCACCUCAUCGCACUGGCGCUCCGCGCCUACAUCCAGGCAUGGUAUGGUAGACUGAGCCGCGACACGACCAUCCUCCCAGCCAUCAAUAGGGACAUCGUGGCGCCCAUCGUGCGCCAUCUCACUUUCGACCGGGAACGAGUGCAUGUCCUUCUUCUCACGCAUCUCCCAACGCUGCUCGCGACGCAUUUGCGCACCCUCUCCGCUGCCCACGAGUCCGACGCAGCCGGCAUCGCGCAUAUCCCCCAGGCGUACCAUGCCCGUUUGCCGCUCCGCUCCGUCACCCUCGCUCCGGCGCCUAGCUCGUCCCACGCAGAGGAAGAGUACGCCCUCAAUCCGAUAUACCUCACCGCCUUAGCCGAUGCUCUGCUCGCCCACGCCCUUCCGCCCCCGGAGUACCGGUCAGACGCUGAGCGGCUCAUUGUGCGUGAGGUGAUCGCGCGCGCUGUCCUCGCCAAUGUCGGGAAGCGGCUCGCUGCUCCCUGGUUCUGGGCCGAGCUCCUCCUCAAGCAUCUCGACAAACCCGCUCCGACCCUAACUCCGCCGCCACCACCUCUCAAGGGCGUUCCAGGCAGACUCGGGGCGCACGCGGCACACGCUCUCGAUGCGCUAGUCGGCCUAUGGACACGCCUCCUGGCCGUGGUCACACUGCUGUGGAACGGGGCGAUCUUCCUCACCGCGGCAUGGAGUGGCGCCCCGGCCCCGACCAGGAAUCAUGUCCUCGACCCAUGGCGCGUCCUUGUCAGAGAGAGUGUGCUCUUCCUCUCCCCAGUUUCCCCUCUCGGGUUGCGCUUGGCACUCGGAGCAAUCGACGUCAUCGCCAUCCUUCUUGGACCAGCGGCGGAUCGUCUCGCACCAUACCUCCUCGACCUCGUGCUCACCCCCGCGGCCGGCGUCAAAAUCGUGACACUGCUGGAGCGCGUGCUCUUCCCGGACGGAUGGCCCGGCCCACCGCCUAUCGAGCCAACGGCGCUUGAAGCCGACGCCAUGGCCGAGCGCCUGCGCGAAAUGCUGCGGCGACCAAGCCGGUUUGGUCUUGACCUUGGACGCGCGACAGACAUCUUCGGCGAUGCGGGAUGUAACGCCCAUCUCAUCGCAAUGGUGCUCGACGCCGGAGUGCUGACACUCGUUCCGGACCUUGCCGCUGAGUCAGAACCAGAGCAACAGAACGAGAAAGCCUCAGACAAGCCGACAUUAGAACAUAGAAUCACACCUGAGAUUACCGUCCAGGCCCCAUAAUCAUGACUACUACAGUACACCUCACUCGCGACCAUGUUACACUAGCAACUUGACUUCACUCACAACUUCACGUCACUCUCAAUAGGCAACAAACAUGUAAUGCAUCUAUAACCCC